CCACGCUAGGCUGUUCCACGCUAGGCUGGUCCACGCUAGGCUGGCCCACGCUAGGCUGGCCCACGCUAGGCUGGCCCACGCUAGGCUGGCCCACGCUAGGCUGGCCCACGCUAGGCUGGUCCGCACUAGGUAGAACCAUCUCACAACUACCUUGAUAAGUAAACAAGAACAGACGCUUUUCCAUGCCUCUCAGUGCCUUUUCUUAAAGCAAGUUACUGUAUGAUUAUUGGGUCUCCAGGCACACGUUACCAGUUCUUCAGGCAACAAUCUCCACGAGUUUAGCGCUUCCCGGAGAAUAUAAUGAACAAUCUUCAGAUUUUGCUAGUGAAGAAUCAUUGCACCACGAGGCUAAAUUUCUUGCUGUUCCCCAGAGGACCCCAACUUAAAGUCAGCUGAUGUACCACUGACAUGGUCGCUGCCUCGCGCGGCCAAGACCAACAUCCUCGAGAUCAGUCUCAUCUCCGGCCUCUACCACGCCUCCGUCAGCAUCAAUGACAAGGAGGUGAUGACAAAGAAUAUCGCUACCAGCAACGGCACCAGCCAGGAGAUGCUGCUGACAGUGCCACCUUACUCUGGGUGCCACCUCCAUGUAGUCAACCCACACACUGGCAUCAUCACUCUCUCUCACUACUUCAACCUCCAAAGUCCACUCCUUGACCUGGAGUUGACCUCCACCUUGGCUGACCUCAGGCAGGGCCGUCUCGCCCUCCUCAACACCUAUCAUGACGCUACAGCAGGACUUGAAACACGGGCCAGAUUGCUCCUCCAGUCUCAUGGCUCCUGGGCAGCGCCUCACAUCAGAUUCCGAGACGGAUGGGCGUGGGCGUGGGUGGUGGGCGGCCUGACACUAGCAGAGGCUCUCAUGACUAACAUGGAUGGUAUCUACACCAUGACACGCCCCCUUCAUCUUCAACUCACUCUACCAACACACUCAGCAGAACGACUGUGCAGCAGCUGGCCCUCUGGCGGGGGAUGGGAGAAACGUCACUACUUCUGUGACCUCUACGAUGGCUACGGUGACCUCUGCUCCUGUGUGACCCCAGCCCUAGUCCCCCCACCUCCGACUCUCAAGCAGGAAUGGUGGCGAGAGAAUAUAACCUUCAUAGUACUGGCAGCCAACAGACCUCGCUACCUGUACAGGCUUCUGCAACAGCUACUGACGCAGCCGGGGGUGAGUCCUGACCUGGUGAUGGUGUCGGUAGACGGUCUGCAAGAAGAGACCAUCCGGCUAUUGGAACUUUUCGGUCUCCGCUGCUUCAUCCAUACUCCCGAGGGCACCGUUACCUCCGCCAGGAUCUCCAGACACCUGAGGUUCGCGCUUUUCAAGGCUCUAGAGACGUUUGAAGACGUGGAUAAGUUCAUCAUCCUGGAGGAGGACCUUAUCCUGGCUCCAGACUUCUACUCGUUUAUGCAGCAGACGUCAGUGCUUCUGGAGGAGGAAGAAGACUCGUUGUAUGGCGUGUCAGCCUUCUCCCACUUCGGUAGCUCCCACACAUCUAGCGACCUCGAACGCCUCCAGAGAGUGACAUCAUUUCCCUCCUGCGGCUGGAUGACUACCAGAGCCUUCCUGACUGAGACACUUCCGAAGUGGCCCCCGGCGUACGUGGUAAGGACGACAGGCUCGCCAGGAUGUACUUAAGUAAUUCCUUCGAGGGGCGCCUUGAUGCUGGUAGAGGGCUUUCCAUUAAACUCGUAUUAAAUCUGUCAU